GCCGCCAUGGCCAGCCCCGCCCGGGACCACGGGCCCCCCGGCCGCCGGCCGCGCAACCCCCGGCUGCGCCACACGCUGAGCCCCGACAACCUGGCCAGCCUGGGGUCCCCGCGGCCGGGCCCCGCCGCCCUGCCCGGCCCGCCCGCCCUGCCCCGGGCCAACAGCGACACCGACCUGGUCACGUCCGACAGCCGGUCCAGCCUGACGGCCAGCAGGUCCGAGUACACCCUGGGCCAGCCCGAGAAGCUCAUCAUCUUCUGGGACAUCAAGGAGGAGGUGGACCCCAGCGACUGGAUCGGCCUCUACCACAUCGACGAGAACUCGCCGGCCAACUUCUGGGACUCGAAGAACCGGGGCGUGAGCGGGACGCAGAAGGGACAGGUGGUCUGGCGCAUCGAGGCGGGACCUUACUUCAUGGAACCGGAAAUCAAGAUCUGCUUCAAGUACUAUCACGGCGUCAGCGGGGCGCUCCGCGCCACGACCCCCUGCAUCACGGUGAAGAACCCCGCGGCCCAGCUGGGGGCCGACGGGCCGGAAGGAGGAGCGUCAGGCCUGCAGCCCUCCCGGAAAUUGGUCAGUUUUACGUUGACGGACCUCAGGGCCGUCGGGCUGAAGAAGGGGAUGUUCUUCAACCCGGACCCCUACCUCAAGAUGUCCAUCCGGCCGGGGAAGAAGAGCAGCUUCCCCACCUGCGCUCACCACGGCCAGGAGCGCCGCUCCACCAUCAUCAGCAACACCACCAACCCCAUCUGGCACCGAGAGAAAUACUCCUUCGUGGCGCUCGUCACCGACGUCUUGGAGAUUGAGAUCAAAGACAAAUUCGCCAAAAGCCGUCCCAUCAUCAAGCGCUUCCUGGGAAAGCUGACCCUGCCCAUCCAGAGGCUCCUGGAACUCCAAGUCAUUGGCGACCAGAUGCUGAGCUACAGCCUCGGCCGGAGGCUCCCGGCGGACCACGUCAGCGGCUACCUGCAGUUCAAGGUGGACGUCUCCUCCUCCGCCCACGAAGAGACGUCGGCGGAGGCCGUGGGGGCCCUGCUGGGUGCGGGCGCCGUGAACGGGGACCUGGGGAGCCCCUCUGACGAAGAAGAGGAGGAGGAGGAGGAGGAGGAGGAAGAAGAGCAUCGCCGGCACCACCGGCAACCCCCGGAGGGUCCCAGCUGCCCCAACGGUGCGGGCGCGGAGGAGGAGGCCGCCCCGGCAGAGAGUCCCGGCCGCGCCCGCGAUGCCAACCUCGACGCCCCCGGGCCGGGCGAGGCGGCGUCCCCGCGUUCGGGGCGCCGGGAUGGCCCGGGCGGCCCGGCCCGGCCCCCGGGGGCGUCCCCCAAGCUGAGGAGCAGCUUCCCCACGGACACCCGGCUGAGCGCCAUGCUGCACAUCGAUUCGGACGAGGAGGACCACGACUCGGGGCCGGGCCCGGCCUCGCCGGCCUCCUCGGACGAGGACAAGGGCCUGCUCAUGCUCGACGGCGGGCGGAGCCGGGCCGGGGCCGCCCCGUCGGAGGCCGCGGACCCCGGCCCGGAGGGGGCCGCCGGCCCCCUGGGUCCCCCCGAGCCGGAGGAGGAAGGGUCGGCCCCGGCCCCCGGGCGGGAGGGGUCCCCGGAGGCCGGGCCCUCCCGGCCGGAGCCGGAGGCCGGCUCCCCGGCACGUGGCCCGGGCGAAGGCGGGGAGGCCGGCCCGGCCGCCGAGGCCCCGAGCCACGGCCGGGAGACCCCCGCGCCCGGCCCUCGCCCGCCCACCCCCGGCCGCGAGGACGGGGACGCCGGUCCGCCCCCCGCCCGGGACCCCGCCGAGGGGGAGCCCGGGGGGGCGGAGGCGCCGCGGACCCCGGGCUCCCUGCCGGCCGUGAGGCUGCCCGACCAUUCGGAGGAAGGGGCCGUCGGGCCGGGCGCCCGGGAGGAGGAGGAGGACGAGGAGGAAGAGGAAAUCUGGCAGAGGCCCGGGGAGAGCCCACGGGCCGCCCCCGCCGACCACCGGCCCUCGGGCGAGGAGCCGGCUCUCGCGGCCGAAGCCGGGCCCGGCGCGGCCGAGGCGGCCGAAGGCGCCACCGGAGGCCUCGGCCGAGGUUCUCCAGCCAACGGCCACCAGCCACUGCGGUCGCUCCCCUCGGUGCGCCAGGACGUGACCCGCUACCAGAGGGUGGACGAGGCCCUGCCCCCAGAUUGGGAAGCGCGGAUCGACAGCCACGGACGGGUGUUCUACGUGGACCACGUCAACCGGACGACCACGUGGCAGCGGCCGACGGCCCCCCCGGCCCCCCAGAUGCUGCGGCGCUCCGACUCCGUCCAGCAGAUGGAACAGCUCAACCGCCGGUACCAGAGCAUCCACAGGACGAUGACCGGCGACCGGGCGGCCGAGGAACCCGCCGCGGCCCUCGACGGCUCCGCCGACGACCCGGACUUCCACCCUUCGGGCGCAGACUUCCGGCGGGAGAACGUGCUGCCUCAGUCUACCUCCCGAUCCAGGCUGACGCUACUCUUACAGUCUCCUCCCGUGAAGUUUCUCAUCAGCCCGGAGUUCUUCACCGUGCUCCAUUCGAACCCCAGUGCCUACCGCGUGUUCACCAACAACACGUGCCUGAAGCACAUGAUCGCCAAGGUGCGACGCGACACCCACCACUUCGACCGCUACCAGCACAACCGCGACCUGGUGGGCUUCCUCAACAUGUUCGCCGACAAGCGGGUGGAGCUGCCCCGCGGCUGGGAGAUGAAGCACGACCACCAGGGCAAGGCCUUCUUCGUGGACCACAAUUCCCGGACGACGACCUUCAUCGACCCCCGGCUGCCGCUGCAGAGCGACCGUCCGGCCAGCGCCCUCGUCCACCGGCACCACCUGGCCAGGCAGCGGAGUCACAGCGCCGGAGAGGUGGGAGAAGAGGCCCGGCAUUCGGCCCCGCCCGUGCUCCCUCGCCCGUCCAGCACCUUCAACACGGUCAGCAGGGCCCACUGCCAGGACACGGUGCCCAUAGCCUACAACGACAAGAUCGUGGCCUUCCUGCGCCAGCCCAACAUCCUGGAGAUCCUUCAGGAGCGACAGCCCGGCCUGCCCCGCCACCCCUCGCUCAGGGAGAAGAUCCAGUAUAUCCGGACGGAAGGGACUCCUGGCUUGGUCCGGCUGUCCAGCGACGCGGACCUCGUCAUGCUCUUGAGCUUGUUUGAGGAAGAGGUCAUGUCCUUCGUCCCCCCACACGCCUUACUCCACCCCAACUACUGUCCUUCUCCCCGGGGGUCUCCGGCCUCUUCUCCUCAGAGCUCCCCAGGGACGCAACGUGCCAACAUCCGAGCCCCGGCCCCGUACAAGCGGGACUUCGAAGCCAAACUGAGGAACUUCUACAGGAAGCUGGAGACCAAGGGGUGCGGGCAGGGCCCCGGAAAACUCAAGUUAAUGAUCCGGCGGGAUCGGCUGCUGGAGGACGGCUUCAAUCAGAUCAUGGCCUACUCCCGGAGGGAUCUGCAGAGGAGCAAGCUCUACGUCACGUUCGUCGGGGAAGAAGGCCUGGAUUACAGCGGCCCGUCCCGGGAGUUUUUCUUCCUGGUGUCCCGAGAGCUGUUCAACCCCUACUACGGCCUCUUCGAGUAUUCCGCCAACGACACGUACACCGUUCAGAUCAGCCCCAUGUCCGCCUUCGUGGACAAUCACCACGAGUGGUUCCGAUUCAGCGGCCGCAUCUUGGGCCUGGCGCUGAUCCACCAGUACCUGCUGGACGCCUUCUUCACCCGGCCCUUUUACAAGGCCCUGCUCCGAAUCCUGUGUGACCUGAGCGACCUGGAGUAUCUGGACGAGGAGUUCCACCAGAGCCUGCAGUGGAUGAAGGACAACGACGUCCACGACCUCCUCGACCUCACGUUCACCGUCAACGAGGAGGUCUUCGGGCAGAUCACGGAACGGGAGCUGAAGCCCGGCGGGACCAACAUCCCGGUGACGGAGAAGAACAAGAAGGAAUACAUCGAGCGCAUGGUCAGGUGGCGGAUCGAGAGAGGCGUGGCCCAGCAGACCGAGAGCCUCGUCCGCGGCUUCUACGAGGUGGUGGACGCGAGGCUGGUGUCCGUCUUCGACGCCAGGGAACUGGAGCUGGUCAUCGCGGGGACGGCCGAGAUCGACCUGAGCGACUGGAGAAGCAACACGGAAUACAGAGGAGGUUACCACGACAAUCACAUCGUCAUCCGGUGGUUCUGGGCCGCCGUCGAACGCUUCAACAACGAGCAGCGGCUGAGGCUCCUUCAGUUUGUGACCGGCACGUCCAGCGUCCCCUACGAAGGCUUCGCGGCCCUCCGGGGGAGCACCGGCCCACGCAGGUUCUGCGUGGAGCGCUGGGGGAAGAUCGCCGCCCUGCCCAGGGCGCACACCUGCUUCAACCGCCUCGACCUCCCCCCGUACCCGUCCUACGCCAUGCUCUACGAGAAGCUGCUGACGGCCGUGGAAGAGACCAGCACCUUCGGGCUGGAGUGAGGCGGAAGGCCCGGUGCCCGGCGGGGUGAAACCCCCCUCCCCGCCCCUCCCCGUCACCUCACGGCGGUCUCCCGACCGGGCCCACCUCUUCCCGGCUUCCCGGGAACACGGGGGCGCCCCGAGGAACCAGUGAGAUUUGGGGAAACCGAGUUGCGCCCACCGGGUCCGUCCGCGCCGGGGACCACGCCGGAGGGGAGGUCCGACGGCCCAGUCGGGAAGAACCCCGCGCCCCGGAAGCCCGGCCGGCGGGCCCGGGGCGUCGGCCCGGCCCCGAGGUGGACCGUCGCCCCGGACGCCGUCCGGGGAGCGGCGGCGGACGUCACCGGGAAGAGGAUCCGGGAGUCGGAAGGCGGGGAAUACGGGGGUCUGGGAAGACGUGCGCGUCGGCGUGCGGGUUCGGGAAACUCGAAGCCGUUGUACGAUCCACUACUAAUGAUAGAUUUUAUGCUUUAUUAUGCAUGAGAACUGUUUUAAAGAUCACUAGUAAUUUAUCACAGCAUAUCAGGAGGAAAAAAAAUACACAGUGGGUGCCGUUUAUUUUUCUAAGUUCGCUCUGUUCGUGUUCCUUAAACUGUAAAUAAGAGUCACGCAAACUCUC